AUCCAAGCCUCCCCACACUCAAAUCGCUCACACCCUCUUCAUAAAUGGACCUUGCAUUGGUUUCAUAUCUUACAUGUCUCUCUCCCUCUCCCUCGCUGUCCACAGCUGUAGUACUAGCUACUAGAAUCCCUUUAUAAUCUGUGUCUGACAAAAAAUAUAAGAACACAAAAAAUAAGAAUGGCGUUUAAGCUUUAUGGUCUACCAAUGUCCACAAACACUACCCGUGCCAUGAUCUGUCUCCAUGAGAAAGAGGUGGAUUUUGAACUUGUUCCAGUCAAUGUGUUCGCUGCGGAGCAUAAGCAGCCUCCUUUUCUCUCCAAGAAUCCCUUUGGUUUGAUUCCAUUACUGGAAGAUGGUGAUCUCACUCUUUUUGAGUCCAGAGCCAUUACCGCAUAUGUGGCUGAAAAAUUCAAGGAAACAGGAGCCGAUCUGAUAAGGCAUAAGGACGCAAAAGAAGCAGCACUGGUAAAGGUGUGGACAGAGGUAGAGUCUCAUUACUACGAGCCAGCAGUGUCACCCAUUAUCUACGAGUACUUCGUGGCCCCUUUCCAAGGCAAAGAGCCCGACAAGUCAGUUAUUGACACCAACGUUGAGAAGCUGAAGAAGGUGCUUGAUGUGUACGAGGCCAAGCUGAGCAGCACCAAGUACCUUGCCGGGGACUUUUAUAGCCUUGCUGAUCUCAGCAAUGUCUCUGAAACUCACUACCUUAUGCAGACCCCUUGUGCUUCAACGGUCAAUGAGCGUCCCCAUGUAAAGGCUUGGUGGGAAGAUAUCUCUUCUAGGCCUGCUUUCACUAAGGUUGUGGGAGGAAUGACUUUUGGUCAGAAUCAGGAAGAAUGACUAGUAUUUUGUGAGGUUCAAUUGCUACGGAAUUUGUUGCAGUGUCUAGUCCAGCAGCAACUGUAAUCUAGUGAUGGGUGUUCUUGAAAACUUGUUUCAUUUCAUAUAACUAGAAUUAAUUAGGAAAACGAAUCAGUUUUCAAGUUCCUACUUCAUCUUAUAAUUUGAGCAUAUGUUGUAGUGUUUUGAUAAUAUUUUUUAAUAUCCUACUUCA